AUGGAAGGCCAGAGAUUGUCAUCCUAUGGAAAACGCUUCGGCUUGCAAACCACCUCAGUCCAUCAUGCCCUGAGGUUCUCGCCUGGCCGCAGGUACCUGCCUUCAAGUCCCUCCACCCGAUUCUCUGUCACCAAGCUGAAAACUUCCAGUCUCAGUUUUCGUGCUGGCCCCAAGUUGUCCUCAGACAAGGUGGAUUUUUCCUUGGCUGAUGCCCUCAACACUGAAUUCAAGGAGACCCGCACCAAUGAGAAAGUAGAGAUGAUGGAGCUCAAUGACCGCUUUGCCAGUUACAUUGAGAAGGUCCGCUUCCUAGAGCAGCAGAACAAAGUUCUGGUGGCUGAGCUCAACCAAAUACGAGACAAGGAACCCACCAAAUUGGCUGAUAUCUACCAGGAGGAGAUGAGGGAGCUACGCCAUCAAGUAGACCAGCUGACCAACUCCAAGGCCCGGCUGGAGAUUGAGAGAGACAACCUGCUGGAGGACCUCAACAGUCUCCGGCAAAAGUUACAGGAUGAGAUUAACCUGCGCCUUGAAGCUGAAAACAAUUUGUCUUCCUACCGACAGGAUGUCGAUGAUGCUGCAUUAGCCCGAAUAGACCUGGAACGCAAAGUCGAAUCACUGCAGGAGGAGAUCAACUUCCUAAAAAAGGUCCAUGAUGAGGAGUUGCGGGAGCUGCAGCAGCAGCUGCAGCAGCAGCAAGUCCACAUCGAAAUGGACCUGGCCAAGCCAGACUUGACAUCUGCCCUGCGCGAGAUUCGCAUCCAGUACGAGUCUAUGGCCUCAAACAACAUGCAGGAGACUGAGGAAUGGUACAAGUCUAAGUUUGCAGACCUAACUGAUGCAGCAGCACGAAAUGUUGAAGCUUUGCGCCUAGCCAAGCAAGAAGCCAAUGAGUACCGCCGGCAACUGCAGACCAUCACCUGUGACUUGGAGUCCCUGAAAGGAUCGAAUGAAUCCCUGGAGAGGCAGCUGAGGGAGCUGGAAGACCGCUAUGCCCUUGAGACUGCCAGCUACCAGGACACAGUGAUUCGGCUGGAGGAAGACACCCAAAGCCUCAAGCAGGAGAUGGCUCAUCACCUCCAGGAAUACCAGGACCUCCUCAAUGUCAAAUUGGCAUUGGACAUUGAGAUUGCCACCUACCGCAAACUGCUGGAAGGGGAAGAAAGCAGGAUCACCAUCCCAGUGCAAACCUUCUCCAACCUUCAGAUCCGAGAAACCAGCCUGGACACAAAGUCUGUUUCUGAGGCCCUUCUGAAGAGGAGCAUUGUGGUCAAAACAGUGGAAACAAGAGAUGGAGAGGUGAUCAAGGAGUCCACCCAGGAGCACAAGGAAGCGGUGUGA